AUGCUCUUUCAACAGGUGAUUAGAGUCUCUGGAGAUACAGCAACAGAUGCUAUUAAACUAACUUAACAAAAGAAAUACUCAGGAACUGACAUAAAUAAUGUCGAAAAGUAUAAGUUAAAACAAAGAUACGCAUAUUUUAAGAAAUUUUACAACAUUUUUCAUGAUAAUCCUAGCUAAAAUCAAAUAGACGAAGGAAUAUUACUCUAUUUCAAGGCACCUCAUUCAUUUACUGGAGAAGAUAUGCUAGAAUUUUAAGUUCACGGAGGAAACGCUGUCAAAUAGCAAAUGCUGAUGGCAUUAUCCAGGUUUCCAACUUUUAGAUAAGCUGAGCCUGGAGAAUUCACCAAGAGAGCUUAUUUCAAUGGUAAGCUAGAUUUAGUGAAAGCAGAAGGCAUAAAUGACCUUAUAAAUGCUGAGUCAGAAUAGCAACUUAAACUCUCAAUGCAGCAACUCUAGGGAAGACAUUCAAAGCUCUAUAAUGAUCUCAGAACUAGACUGAUGAGAAUGCUAGCACAUGCUGAGGCAUAUAUAGAUUUUGAAGCAGAUGAGACUAAUGAUCUGAAGCCAGAAGUAUUUGUAGAGCUUGGCAAAGAAACUGAGAUAUUGUCCAAUCAAAUAAAGGGGUAUAUCAAAGACUCCGAGAUAGGAGAGGUAAUAAGGGAGGGAUUUAAAAUAUCAAUUAUUGGACCUCCAAAUGCAGGCAAGAGCACUUUAAUGAAUCUAUUAGCUAAAAGAAGGGUAUCAAUAGUGAGUGAAAUAGCAGGGACUACCAGAGAUUUGAUAAGCACCAAUAUCAACCUAUUCGGAUAUAACGUAAUAUUAGUUGAUACUGCUGGACUAAGGGAAUAAACUAGAGACAAUAUCGAGUAAUAGGGUAUUUAACUAGCUUAAAAAGAGGCUAAGUCUAGUCAUGGAGUGCUUAUUGUGCUUGAUAUAUAAGAUUUAGAAAAGGUGGAUGACGGUUCUUACAUAAUGAAAGAAGAUUAGCAAUUGAUAGUAAAUGAGAUAACGCAGAGUUAAGACCCAAUAAUUGUCAUAAAUAAAAUAGACCUUUAUUCAGAUAGCAAUUGCCAACCAUCAAAUACCCAAGAUUAUUGUAAAUUAGUCCUAAAAAACGGUCUUAGUUAUAAAGCUCUUAAUGUCUCUUUUAAAGACCAAUUAAAUCUUGAGAAGCUCUAUGAAAAAUUGGAGCAAUUUGUUAAGAACAAAAUUAGCACAUCUUAAUUUGACAUCAACAAUCUAAAUGCUGAUGAUUUUCUAAUAUCUAGGCAGAGACACAGAGAACUGCUAGAGUAAACACUGCAGCAUUUGGAAAACUUUAGAAGAGACGAUCUCUUUCCAGAUAUGCUGGUCGAGGAACUAAGAGCAGCUGUGAUAUGCAUAGGCAGAAUCACGGGACAUAUUGAUGUAGAGGAUAUACUUGAUAUACUAUUCAAAGAGUUUUGUAUCGGAAAAUGA